CCCAUCACGGCACUCUGCAAUGGCAAUCAAAGGCAAAUCCAGCGGCGGCGGCAGCAGCAGCGACCGCUCCAUUAUUAAUCGUGUCUCGGAGUCUUCAAUAGUCCGCAAAGGAAAGAGCGCCGCUUCUGACGCCGCAUACGUAAGCAAGCGUUUGGCCAAGAGUACCGGCAAGGCGGCGUGGAUCGCCGCCACCACUCUUCUUAUCAUCGCCGUCCCACUCAUCAUUGUAAUGGACCGGGAGCAGCAGCUCAACGAACUCGAUCUCCAGCAGGCCAGUCUCUUCGGCACUUCUCAACCUCCCUCUGUUGGCCCACCUCAAAAGUAAUCGGAUCUUACACUGUUAGUUUUGGUCUUUCCGGAAUUUAGAGUGCAUUUUCUUUUGUGGAAGGGUUUUAAUGUUUACGGAGUAUGAGGUAUUUCUGAUUGAUCGAUCAUAAUGUUGAAAAUUGAUAUGCUUACAUUAUCGACAAUUACUUGAAAAAAAAAAAAAAAAAAAAAAAAAAAAAAAAAAAAAAAAAAAAAAAAAAAA